CAGCAGAACUCAUCGUCUUCAGCGAUCCAAUCGUGCCAGGAAUUGACAGUAGCACAAGGGCAGGACUGCAGCAUUUGCUCCAUCAAGUAAGAUAAAACAUGCAAGGAAUCGCAAAGGCGCUACGCUUGCAUGGAAACCAACUAAGGCACACAGUUUUACAACAUAUGAACAAGGGAAUCUUCUCAUGGGCCACCCUGAUUUCACGCAUACAAAGUGAAUCUCCAACUGUAAUUAUACCUCACAUGGGGUUAGAGAACAUGACGGUCAGAGAAAUUCUCAAGGCAAAAGGAGAGGCUGAGGCUGGAACAGUCUACUGGUGCAACACCAGUCAUUUGGUACAUGAAGCCGUCAAGCAUAUGAUGGCCCAUAAUGUUGGAGCCCUAGUAGUGCUCGAGUCAGGGGAUGAGAAGCAACUUGCAGGAAUUGUAUCUGAGAGAGAUUUUGCCAGGAAGAUCCUAUUGCCAGGGCGACCUUCAAAAGAAACAAGAGUUCAAGAUAUCAUGACAAAAGAGGACCAACUAAUUACAGUGUCCAGCAGUACUAGUAUCCUACGUGCAAUGGAGCUAAUGACAGACAAGCAUAUUAGACAUGUUCCUGUUUUUGACGACAAGGUAGUUGGUAUGAUUUCCAUUGGUGAUGUUGUUAGAGCUAUUGUGGACCAACAGCACCAAGAAGUAAAACAACUGAAGAAGUAUAUCACAGGAGAUUACUAUUAGCAUAAUUUUUAUAUCUGAUGGAGAAACAUAAAUUCUACGCAAUUAUGCAUGAUACUGAGCAAAGAUGUGUACCUCCCUCCAGUGCAAUCAAUUUGCACUGCUUAUCAUGUGAAGUUUGACGCUGUAAA